CUCUGUGAGCGUUUCAACAGAACUUUACUUGGAAUGUUGGGAACACUUUCAUCAGACCAGAAACAGAACUGGAAAGCUCAUGUCACCAGUAUGGUUCAUGCAUAUAACUGCACCUGUCAAGAGUCAACAGGACAAAGCCCAUAUUUUCUCAUGUUUGGACGGAAUCCUCGUUUACCAGUGGAUCUUGCCUUUGGGAUUGAAACAGGACCAAACAUGAGCUCUAUGCCAAAAUAUGUUGAUGAUUUGAGGCAACGACUGUUGUAUGCUUAUGAUCUAGCAGCCAAACACUCUGCACAGGCUAAGAACAGACAGAAGAAACACUAUGAUAGCCGUGUCAGGGAGGCCGUGUUAAACAUUGGUGACAGGGUGUUAGUUAAGAUACUUGCCUUUGAGGGAAAACAUAAACUAACCAACAAGUGGGAGGAGGACCCAUAUAUUGUUACUGGACAGCCUAAUGCAGACAUACCAGCCUAUACAGUUAGGAAGGAGAACGGAGAAGGACGGAUUAGGACAUUGCACAGAAACCUCCUUCUGCCUAUUGGAUGUAUAGAUACCAGGCAAAGGCAACCAAUCCCGACUCCCAGGAAACCAAAACCGACUCCAAGGAAGUUGAGAUCCAGACUCAGGCAUGGACCUUCAUGUGAUGAAGGGUCAACCUCGUCAUCUUCAGAGGAGGGGGAAGUGCUGAUAGUAGGGGCUGAUGUCCAAUCCGACAUCGACUCCGGACCUACUACCAGCAGGGUCUCUGAAGAUGAGCCUGAGAAAUUGGAGCCGCAGCAACUGGAGGAAGAGUUAGCCACACCAGAGGACACUCCACACAUCACACAGGAAUCACCUGUUGCACCCCGAGGGUCGCAAAGGAAUAGAGUGAAACCUGUAUGGAUGCGGAAAGGAGACUUUUCUAUGAUGCAGCAGCAGCAGAAGCAGCAGCAGCAACAGCAGGAUCCUGAUUGGAAAUUAAGGGCAAAGUUCCUAACAGAGUUGAUUGACAGAGGAACUCUGGAGGAGCAAGAUGGAAAAAUUGUGGCUACUUUUCUUAGUAUUUUGUCGGGCAAGAUCAUCUAGACAUUGUUCCAUAUUUUGGACUGUUACUUUCGGAUUUGUACUAAAGAUUUGAUUUAUAUUUUAACCAAGUCUAUAUAUAUGCCCAUCUAUUGUAUAAUUGAUAUCACAUGAUUUGCUAAUUGUUACUGCUUCAGUAUAUCUCCUAGUCGAGGACGACAUUUUUCGCAGGAGGGGAGAAUGUAGCAGAGUCAUAUUUUAUUGUAUUUUAUAUUAAUUAAAUACUCUGUGUUAUAUUCUAUGUUGUGCCCAGUAUGUUAUUUAUAUGUGUUGAUAUUAUGACGUACAUGUCCUGUGGUGUGAUCCUUACCUGUGAUGUCUACCUGUCUUUACCUGUAUAGUAUCCUAUGGAGUGGUUAUGUAAGGUCCAGUAUGUUAUUGUUUAUAGUCUAUUUUCAUUGGUCAGAUAUUUUGUAUAGAUUUCUGUUUCUAUUGGUCAGUCUUAUAUUGGUCACUUUUGGCGGGAUUUCAUUGUGUCAGUUUUGUGAAAGAUUUUGUAAGAGAGCAGACAUGUUGAUUUGGACACCGACACAUACAUCUUUUGACAAUCGAAUAAUUCAGUACUAAGUGAUUCGCUCGUUUGAUGGCAUCGGUUUCCUAAUUCCUGGCUCUGUGCCAUACACAGGUGCGUGAUAUGUACAUUUUAAGUAAUUUAUAUUUCCAUGAAAGUUAUAUUCUAACUUUAGUUGUUAAAGUUAGGUUUAUCAUUUUCUUUCUUAUUUCUUUUGGAUUAAUUGGUCAUUAGAUUACUAUGUAACUAUUUGUAAUGAUAUAUAAUUGAGAAACAAUAAUUGUAAAAUUAUUGUAAAGUAAUUGCCAUGUAUGCUGUGUAAUUGUAACGGUAUGAAUUAGUAGGCAGUACAGUAAUUAGUUUGUAAGAGUUAUGUCCCUGUAGUAUAUGUAGUGUACUUGUGAUUCGUUGUGCUAAAUGUAGUCUUUUGUGUUUGUUUACAGAGUGUAAUGUAUAUGUAUCUACCUAUACACUAGGAUAUUGAACCAUGUUAUAUCUGUGCUGUGGAAAUGGAAUAAACAUAAAUC